ACUCGAAACAACUCAGCCGAGUUCACACGAAUGUUGAUAAGAACGAAAACACAAAAAACAUAGUCGCAAAUCACCAAUGGGUACCCUUACCCUGUCUCUUCUGAAACACUACACGCCAUUUUCCACCACACUCUUCACCCACUCAUCUCGAACGCUUUCCCCCGGUCACCUUUCCGCCGUAUUCCGAAGAAAGAAUCUUCCUUCCUUCCGCGCCAUCUCAUCUUCCUCUCAGCCGUUAACUGCGGAGAAAAAUUCCCACGACGGUGGUGAAAAUUCCCGCUCAAAGAGUCCUUCGCCGGAAGUAUGGCUCCACAACACAAUGAGUAAAAAGAAAGAGCUUUUUAAACCCAAAGUGGAAAAGAAAGUUGGAAUGUAUGUUUGUGGUGUUACUGCUUAUGAUCUUAGCCAUAUUGGUCAUGCUCGUGUUUACGUCAAUUUCGAUCUUCUUUACAGAUAUUUUAAGCACUUGGGAUUUCAAGUUUGUUAUGUUCGCAAUUUUACUGAUGUAGAUGACAAGAUAAUUGCUAGAUCGAAGGAGUUAGGAGAAGAUCCAAUCAGUUUGAGUCGACGCUAUUGUGAAGAGUUCUGUCAAGACAUGGUAACUCUUAAUUGUUUGCCUGCUACCGUGGAACCGAAAGUGUCUGAGCACAUGCCCCAAAUCAUUGAAAUGAUUGAGAAGAUUCUUAAUAAUGGGUAUGCAUACGAUGUUGAUGGGGAUAUAUACUUUAAUGUAGAAAAAUUUCCAGAAUAUGGGAAAUUAUCAAGUCGAGGUCUAGAAGAUAAUCGAGCUGGUGAGAGGGUUGCUGUUGAUUCAAGGAAGAAAAAUCCUGCUGAUUUUGCUCUUUGGAAGUCUACAAAACCAGGGGAGCCAUUUUGGGAGAGUCCCUGGGGUCCUGGAAGACCUGGGUGGCAUAUUGAAUGCAGUGCUAUGAGUGCAGCUUAUCUUGGUUACUCUUUUGACAUCCACGGUGGAGGGAUUGACCUUGUAUUUCCUCACCAUGAAAAUGAAAUUGCUCAGAGUUGUGCUGCUUGUAGUAAAAGUGAUAUUAGUGUUUGGAUGCACAAUGGUUUUGUCACCAUUGACUCGGUGAAGAUGUCUAAAUCUCUGGGAAACUUUUUCACAAUACGGCAGGUUGUAGAUGUUUACCAUCCGUUGGCUUUGAGAUAUUUUUUGAUGAGUGCUCAUUAUAGAUCUCCCAUGAACUACUCUAAUAUACACCUUGAAAGUGCUUCAGACCGUGUUUUUUAUAUAUACGAGACAUUACACGAAUGUGAAAGCUUUCUGAAGCAGCAUGAUCAGACAGUUAGGAAGGAUUCCGUCCCACCAGAUACGUUGAGUAUUAUCGGUAACUUCUAUGAUGUUUUUCGGACCUCAAUGUCUGAUGAUCUUCACACUCCAGUUGCAUUGGCCGGAAUGUCUGACCCACUAAAAUUAAUUAACGACUUGCUGCAUACUCGCAAGGGAAAAAAACAGCAAUUUCGAAUAGAAUCACUUGCAGCUUUGAAGAAAAGCAUUGGGGAUGUCCUUACUGUUUUAGGUCUCAUGCCUUCAAGUUAUUAUGAGGUUUUACAGCAGCUUAAGGAGAAAGCUCUUAAUCGUGCAAACCUGACAGAAGAUGAAAUCUUGAAGAAGAUCGAAGAACGGGAUGCUGCUAGAAUACAAAAGGAGUAUGCCAAAUCCGAUUCCAUAAGGAAAGGUUUGGCUGUUCUUGGUAUUGCUCUUAUGGAUAGUCCGAAUGGCACAACUUGGAGGCCUACCAUUCCUCUUCCGCUUCAAGAACAACUCUAGUCAAAAUAAGCAUCAGGUAUAAGGAUAUGGCUCUUAAUCCUUGACGCCUUAAAAGAUGUGAAUUAUAAUUUUUGUUUUGAUAAAAAAAAUUGUCACGAGGUUAGUGUUUUGUUCCUGGUGGUCAUUAUUGAAUUAAUUAUUCUUUUAAACCUUUGUGGCCUUUUUGUAGAAUAUUCAUAAUUAACUCCAAUGAAAUGACAAGUUAUUAUUUGAAAUUUAAGAUCGUAAAUCAAUUUAGAGUUC